AUGCACCUGUUAGAUUUUUGUUAUUAUAUUGUUCUAGGCAAUGCUAGUUCGCCAUUAACAUCAAGCUCCACGGUAACCACUACCAUUACCAAAACAACAUCAACAACAUCAUCAUCAUCAUCAACAUCGUCAUCGUCAACAACAACAACAACAAAAACAACAUCAUCAUCAUCAACAACAUCGACAACAUCAUCGUCAACAACAUCAUCAACAUCGUCAUCAUCAACAACAUCAACAACAUCAUCAUCAUCAACAUCGUCAUCAUCAACAACAUCAACAACAUCAUCGUCAACAACAUCAUCAUCAUCAUCAACAUCAACAACAACAACAAAAACAACCUCAUCAACAUCAACAACAACAAAAACAACAUCAACAACAACAGCAAUGGCAACAGUUGCUCCACCGUGUCCUCCUCAAUCAGUUUCAAAUGGAACACUCUUAUAUCUUAUGAAUCCAACGUCAUCCAUUUAUCCAAAUUAUACUUGUUAUGCAUAUACAUGGACGGCUACAGCAUUAUCAGCAACACUAUCUUUCUUUUUUCGUCACGAUCCUGGUGCUUGGAUGCUUGAUGAUGUUAGUGUUUACUAUGGCAGUCUCACUGGAUGGAAUUAUACAGGCAACUGCGGCACCAACUAUGGACAGGCUACUUCGGGUAGCAGUUAUGCUAAAUCAGGUAGUUGGUAUUAUUAUGAUCCUUGUGCCAGUUAUAUGGGCGGUAAUGGCUGGGGCGAUACGAUAAGUCAAACAUUUUCUACAAUUGCCGGUGGUACAUAUACGAUUAGCUUUUGGUUAACAAAUUAUGAUUGCUGUAAUCACACUGAAAUCGCUAAUAUCACUCUUAUUUGA